AUCUGGGUUGCGAGUGAACCGCUGAAGCGGGUUGCCAUAUUUGGAACGCCGCGUUUACAACAUCUUGAGAAGACGGAGGCAGAGCCCAGUCAGAGUGAUCGGCAGUCGGCCGGAGUGAGGAGGCCGCCGCACAACACCGGAUCUACGGGAUCAGGGAGUUGAUCAAAAAAAAGUCGGGUUUGAUGACUCGAGUUUGCCGAUCCGAUCAGGGGUCAAUGGGUAGUGCCGGAGGCGCGCGUUGCGGCUGUGCACGUGUUCGUUUGAAGUUUUACCGGCCCGACUGUUUGUGCGGAUCUGCAGGAUCAAUGAGCCCAGGAAUGAGCGCUGAUGGGGGGUCGGCAACCGAAGGUUACUCAAGGGAUCGCUUACGUAGGCGGAAUAGAGGGUUGCAAAAAUGUUUUGGUUGCUUUCUCACACAGGAUUUUCGUGGAAAAUCCCACUGGAGGAUUAUUGGAGUUGGAGCAGAAUUUUCUUCGACCAUUGUGUCGUUCCCCAGACACUCUUACUUUGGUUUGCGAGAGGUUGAGCGGAGCACGAUUUUAAUCAUGUCAUUCCACAUACCACCGCCACGGCUUCGCUGGAAGAAAUCCUCAGUGAAGGUAUGUGCUCGUACUAUCCACUGUAUGCAUUAAAACUACCCACAACUAUCCUCCGGAGCCCGUGCAAGAAGGGCAAUGUCCCUGAUGCCCCACUUCGACGUAACUUCACCAAUAUAUCUUAAACCGUUUCGUGAGAUCAUCAGAUGGCUGCCGGAAGUCAUGCCACGAUGGGGGAAGUCAUAAAAUGUGCACCACUUGGGCAAAAAGUUGACGGAAUGC